AUGAAUCGGUCGAAUGAAAGAGUUUCAAGACGAUGGAGUAUGCCGGAACCGUCAUGCAAAACUGAUUCGAGCAACACCGAGGAGUCUUCGUCGCUUACCGACAGCACGCAGUAUUCGCCAUACGUGCAACACACUAGUACGCCUGUUAGACCUAGAUGGUCAAAUUUAGAAGAGAUCAACAGGUCCCGACGGAGUCAACAAAAGAUCGACGACACGGAAGAGGCAUCUUCUGAUAAAAGGAGGAGACUUAAAAGGAUUCAGAGACAUAAAGAACAUGUCGUUCGCGAAAAAUAUCAGGAUGAUCACGAAAGGACCACUGAAAGACAGAAGGAUCGACACAAUCGUCGUGAUAAACGAAGAGAUAGCAGACGUUCCGAAGGCACCGUGAAUAAAAUCCAAGAAGAUACAUCCAGUUUAGAAUCGUCCGAGAAGAGCUAUGGCGAAAGCGAGUUGGAACGAUCGAAAAGGAGAAAAAGAAAUUUGACCGGGGAUAACGAAUUACCCAUUACGGAAAUCUUAAAGAGAUCGCAAGAAAAUGCAAAAACCAAGUACGAACAUCAGACACCAUUUCCUGUAUUAACCACGGAUAAAAUUUAUGUACAACAUAGGGGUGGUUUCAGUGCUAUUAAAAUUAAUAAAAAAAAAGAUCCUAGCAGUGAGAAAAAAAUUGAGAGGGAAAGUAGUGUCGAUAACGUUGAAGGACAAAAUUCUCCACUCAUAAAGGUGGCCAUCAUGGUUCAACAAUUCGCAAAGAACACCGGUUUUUUAUAUCAAGGUCUCCUGGGCGGUAUGGCGCUUAUGCAUUUUAUAAUAAUUUACGCAUUUUUUAAUAAUACCACGGAAUUCCUGAUAAAAUAUUCAACAACCGGUGAGAUUUACACCAACAUUUUCUCGUUUCUCGUGGCUAUGUGCAUCGUAUCUACGUUCGAUAAAUUCGAUUUGGCACGAUUCGAUAUGGAGCAUCUACGUGAACUUUACUUCGACUACAACAGAGCAGUAAUCGCAGUUCCUUUAUAUCUGAUCGUUUUCUGCCUUCAUCAAGUCGGUGCAGGGACCGACAAUCAUAUAAAUUUAAUACACUAUUACAAUUUCAACGAUUCCAUUUGCCAAAACGACACUAACGUUCAGUCUCUUUUGGACGAUUUGAAUAGUUGGCAGAAGAUAACUAUGUCGAAGGACUUACUUGCAGUGUUUGCCUGGUUGUUCGUAUCUCUUGGUACGAAGGACGAUUCGUUCCUCAUGUACCUACAGUCGAUGGAGAAGUACGCGAGUGACAUCGAGUCGUCCAGUCGGUAAACGAAUGGAAUUCUUUCCGGGAAAGACAUUUUUUUCGUCUCUUGCCAGCGUUUGAGGUUAGGAAACGCGGCGAUUACGAUUUUAUUGUUUAUUCGUAACAGAAUAGGGUCUGAUAUGUACAAUAUUUAUAAAGUUCUAGACUCUAACAGACAGUACACGUACACGUAAUAUCAAUAAAGACAAUAACAUUGAGAAUAAAAUAACAUAUGGCGCGACUGUGUUUGCAAUAGUAAAAUAUGUCAUUAGACUUUGUCUUGAGCGCGGCACCAAGUUGAAUCAACGAUUGCGCAACGGAAUUCUGUGCUUUUUAAUCAAA